GAUAUGCAUUUGCGAUUCGUGACUAAUGCGCGGGAAAAUCGUCUGCACAACCCUGUGCAACAGCUGAUCCACUUGUUGGUUGCCGCUUAAGUCGCAUUAACAAAUUUAUUUAAUUCUGAUUAAUAAUGCUGGACAAAGUUAAAAAUGUAAUCGUAGUGCUCUCGGGCAAGGGUGGCGUGGGCAAAUCAACGGUCAGCACGCAGCUUGCAUUAGCAUUGCGCGCAACGGGCCAUAAGGUGGGCUUGCUGGAUAUUGAUUUGUGUGGCCCCAGCGUGCCGUAUUUGCUUGGCCUUGAAGGCAGCGAUAUUUAUCAAUGCGAGGACGGCUGGGUUCCCAUUUAUACGGAUGAGAGCAAAACUCUGGCCGUCAUGUCCAUUGGGUUUCUACUCAAGAAUCGCAACGAUCCGGUCAUUUGGCGUGGACCCAAGAAAACCAUGAUGAUACGACAGUUUCUUACCGAUGUCAAAUGGGAGGAUAUGGACUAUUUAAUCAUUGAUACACCGCCUGGCACUUCGGAUGAGCACAUUACUGUUAUGGAGUGCAUGCGCGAGGUGCCCUGCAAUGGUGCAAUUAUUGUGACAACACCGCAAGGCGUCGCAUUGGAUGAUGUGCGCAAGGAGAUCACAUUUUGCAAAAAGACCGGCAUCAAGCUGCUGGGCAUUGUGGAGAAUAUGAGCGGAUUUGUUUGUCCGCACUGCACUGAGUGCACCAACAUAUUCUCCUCGAAUGGCGGCGCAGAGCUGGCGCGUUUGGCUCAAGUGCCGCAUUUGGGCACCUUGCCCAUCGAUCCACGUGUAGGCGUUUUAUCUGGAAGCACUGCAUCGGUUUUAAAUGAGCUGCCCGAUUCCAGCACUGCACAAACAAUGCGCAAUAUUGUCCAACAUUUGGAUGCGCUGACGGCAGUGCCAACGCCCGCCUAGGUGUAAGUACCCGUCACCCACAUUCCCCGUUUGUAGUCAGACGCAUUUUAUUCAGUUCGUUAUAUUUUAUUCGUUAUCUAUAUAUUGCAAUUAUCCAAACGAGAGAACGCUACUAACAAGACCUUUGGUAUAUCAUUUUUUUUGUUUUGUUUUUGUGUUUUUUUUUCUUUUUUUUUUUGUUGAAGUAUGUAAUUGAAAUCAAAAAUGGGCUUAAAAGGAAUGUGUAAUCAGUGCAGCGCAUUUCCUUUAAUUUCUCUUCUUUUUUUCAACAAAUAUUUAGCGCGUUUUUGUGGGUGUGCGUGUAUUCUUACUUCUAAGCUGGCCAAUUUGUGCAGAUCUCGCACUUUAUAGUUAAUAUAAUUUGUCAGGCAACAGUUGAUAAAUAAACAUGUUAAGUCUUCUAUAAAAUAAUGCUAAGCCCAAACAGGGCAGUACAAUUGUUUAUAAAUUUGUUGAAGUUUUCUAGAAAGUUAAAUUUAUGCCAGACUACCGCCCUGGAUGAACUUAACUAAAUACUAUAUUGUUUUACUUAAUUAGAUGAUUUUACUCUGGAUGAUAUCAAUAAUUUGCCAUAUUAUCACAAUGCAUAACUAAAUUAAUAAAUAAAUAUAAUAAUUUUUGUGUGUAGUUCGUUUUUGUUUAAAGUUUAUGAAAGUAUUGCAAAAUCGCUGAUUCUGCGCGAGCAUUGUCUUUAGGCGAGAGUCAUCGAUGAAAUUUUCCA